AGCCUCUGCAACUCCACAAUCUACACAAAAUCUCCCAACUUCCCAAGCUCAUGCUCAUGGAGCAAACUAAUCUUUUCCAUUUACGUAUUCUUCUUGCCAUAUUACUGCUGCCACUGCGCAUUCCGGCGACUCCUUCAGAUGACCGCCGCAGUAUCUUCUACGAUCAAACAACUCUUUUCCAUUUGAAAUUCGAACUGAGACUGAUGAACCGUGAUAACGUUCUCUUAAAAAACUGGACGGCCGAUCCAUCUUCCGGGGUCUGUUCCUGGAUGGGAGUUUCAUGCACCUCCAAUCCCAACAAAAGAGUUGAAGGCUUGAACCUUUCUGGAAUGGGCCUACAGGGCACCAUCCCCCGGGAGCUCGGGAGGCUCUCAGCCCUAGUUCACCUCAACUUGAGCAUCAACUCUCUGGAAGGGGAUUUUCCCGUCGAGAUCUGUAAUCUUUCUGCAUUGGAAACCUUGGAUUUGUCGAAAAAUAACCUCUCCGGCUGGAUUCCUGAACAGGUCGAACAACUCAAGAACCUGACUCAUCUGUCCUUGGCGAACAAUCAAUUCUACGGCUCGAUUCCGGAGAAUAUCAGCCAUCUGGAGAAUUUGGAGGUCCUAGAUCUACGUUUUAACAAUCUGUUCGGAGAGUUUCCCGGAAAGCAGCUAUCGGACCUGAACCUGACGUAUCUCAACGUGUCGAAUAAUAAAUUGAAGGGGAAAGUUCCUUGCGGAGGAAAUUUCACGAAGUUCCGGAAGGAUGCUUUCGAGCCGAACGACCAUUUGGAUUGCCAUUGCCCUCCUCUUUACAAUGCCAGAAGGACCUCUCUUUUUGUGUGUGUUUUCAUGGGGAUUGCGAUCGGUUUGCUCGCCCUGGGCUUCGCCUUCGUGGUGCUUAAGCGUGUCCUAGCUAGAGUGGAUUUUUACAAACAACUUCACCAAGCAACCAAUGGAUUCCAUGAAAACAACAAACUCGAACCAGAAGGGAGGUUUGGUUCGGUGUACAAAGGGAGUCUGCGUCGCCCAAAAGAUGAGAAAGAAGCAGCCCAAAAGGACAUUAUGGUGGCAGUGAAGGUGUUCAAGCUGGAGGAAAUUGAAUUGAAAAAUUUCGAAGCAGAGUCGAAGAGGCUGCGGGGGCUGGGUAGCCCUCCGAAUCUCACUCCGGUCAUCAACAGUUGCUCGUUAACUUCUCUGGCUAUGGUGAUGGGCCGCGGAACUUCCAGUGAAUUCAAAGCUUUGGUGAUGAAGUUCAUGGCAGAAGGCAGCCUUGAGGGGUGCUUGCACUCGGGGAAGUGUUCCCAGCUGGAUAUCAAGCGGAGGUUGCAGAUAAUGAUCGGUGUGGCUUCUGGAUUGGAAUAUCUUCAUGAAAGAGGAUUGCUUCACGGCGAUUUGAAGCCGAGCAAUGUCCUGCUAGACGAGGAUAUGGUCGCUCAUCUCAGUGAUUUUGGCAUUACAAAGUCGGAGAAGCAGCAGCCUCCUUCAGACGUGGAGCAGGAUGCUAGGCCUAAAAAAUUGCACCCAACUGUGUAUUCUGAUCCAGAAAAUUGGCCGAAAACAUCGGCAAAGUCAGAUGUUUAUAGUUUUGGGAUUAUGUUGAUGGAAACAUUCACGGGAAAAAAGCCCACUGAUGAAAUGUUCGGUGAGGAAUUGAGCUUGAGAGGUUGGGUAAAGGAGGCUUUGGAUAGCAGUACUGUUCAUCAAGUUGUGGAUGCAGGUUUGAUAAGGGAAGAGGAAUUUAAGGCAAAGGUGGUGGAGUGCGUGACAUCCAUCCUAAAACUGGCAGUGGAAAUUGUGGAAUGCUCUGAAGAAGUGGCCGCAGACAGGAUGGAUAUCAAAUAUGUGGUGGAGAAGCUCAAGACCAUACGAGAUGAACAAUUACCUCAAACACAUCGAUGAUGAUUUCCAAGACUCAAAAGAGUGUCCAGUCCUUCUGCAGUUGAGUAAAUAAGUGGGGGGGGCUUCUUCUUAAUUACCUCUAAUCUAGAGGGUAUAGGUUAUAGUGUCUGGAAGACAUAUAUAAAAUGUGCAUCAAAUUAAAUAAAUCUUCUCUGUCUCAACAUUUUAUCAUCACUAUAGAUAUUUGCAUGGGGGGUGCUUCUUCUUAAUUACGUCUAAUCUAGAAGGUAUAGGUUAUAAUACCUGGAAGGCAUAAAAUGUGCAUCAAAUUAGAUCUUCUCUAUCUCAACGUUCUAUCAUCACUAUAGAUAUU